AAAAUAGUUUGCGAGCCUCUUGCGGAAACAAAAGCCAUCGCCCGUCCUCUCUCUCUCUCUCUCUCUCUCUCUCUCUCUCUCUUUUUCCAUCUCCAUCUCCAUGGCUUGGAUCGCGAUUCCUCCAUUGUUGAAGCGAUAUUGGAUCCCCAUCCUACUCUUCGCCCUCGGCCUCUUCUUCCAACUCGUCGUCCUCCCUUCCUCGUACCCUCCGACGCAUUACGACGUGCUGGGUGUAAAGAGGUAUGCAUCGAUCGAGGAAGUCGCCAAAGCGUAUGAAGAGAUCUCGAAUAAGUGGCACUCAAGGGUGGAUUUGCCAACAACAAUUGAUUUUAUCAAGAUACGCUAUGCAUUUGAACUGCUGACAAAUCCAGUAUGGAAAAGAGAUUAUGAUCAUUUGGGUCUUGAUGAACAGUUGCAUGUUUUCCAAAGAGUUAAAAAGCAAUACGAAAAGGAGGACUUCUCAACAAUAAAACUGCCGCUGUUAAGUGAAUCUUCAUUUAGUUGGGAUGACAAUGGUUUCAAUAUACUCACACGUGAGAAGUUCAUUUCCGCCAUUGAGAAAGGAAAGCCGUUACUCAUUCAGGUUUGCUCAACUGGGAGUUCUCGCUGUGCUCAAUUCAUCAAUAGUUGGAAGAGAAUUAGUAGUCUAUUGGAUGGUGUUGCUGACACUGGUACGGUGGAAGCUGGUGAUGUUGAGCUCGUCGCUUAUCUCGCAGAGAAGAAGUUCACCAAGCAGCCAUUCUUCCGGAAUGGUCUUCCGGCCCUUGUUGCUUUUCCAGAGAACUGCAGAAGUGCUGAUUGUUUCGUGAGAUACCAAGGUGAGCUCUCUGUGGAUGCAAUUGUUGAUUGGAUGGCUACAGCUAUACUUGGUUUACCUCGCAUCUUGUACUAUUCUAAGGAAGCAUUGGUGCCCAACUUCAUCAGAAAGAGCGGCCAUCAUAAGGUUAAGGUCUUAUGCUUUUCAAGUACGGGAGAACGUGCUGCUCCAUAUCUCCGUCAAGUUGCUGAAGAUUAUUCAAGCUAUUUAUCAUUUGGAUUGGUUUUAUGGAGAGAGGAGGAUUCUCAAUUUUGGUGGAACUUGUUUGGAGUGGAAUCAGCCCCUGCCUUUGUGUUUCUCAAAGGGCCUGGUGUCAAACCUGUUGUUUACCAUGGAAGUUCAAACAGUUCAGAUUUUAUAAAAAUCUUGGAAGAGCACAAACAUCAAGAACUUCCCCAAUUAAGGAGUGAUAGCUCAGUGGAUCUUGGUUGUGAUGCAAGAGGCUAUUCUCGUGCUGGAAGUGACAGUAUGAUCUGGUAUUGUGUAAUUGUUGCUGGGCGACCUGGUCUUGAGCUAAGUAAAUUGCGAGGAGCUAUACGCAGGGUUCAGGAUGUAUUAUUGGACGUUGUUGAUUCAGAUGAUAUUGGGAAGGAAAAUCCUUUAGUGAAGGAAUCAGCUGCUGCCGCUGCAAUGAAACAGAGACGUUUAACUUUUGUUUGGCUUGAUGGAGAAGUUCAAAAGGAAAGGUGCCUCUUUUACCUUGCUCAGGAAUAUGCUGAAGGGACUUGUGGGCCUAGGAACUUUGAAGAUACUGUUGAAGAUCCUAAGUUAUUUGUUGUACGAUUUCAGAAACAGUCAAUCGAAGAUGCACUAAAAGAGGAGAAGAGGACUAAUAAUAUCUUGCACACUCUAAGAGGGCAGGAUAGUAACUUGGCCUCGCAGCUUGUCGCAAGAUAUAAUGGUUCAGAUGACAUUCAGGAGAUCAUUCAGUGGAUCUCUCAGAUCAUCAAGGAUGGUGACACCAGAGAAAUUCCUUUCUUUACUCAAACUGUACCACCACUUAAUCCUGAAGAGCGAAACCAAAAGUGGUCAAAGAGUGUUCAUGGUAUGCGCUCAGCUGGUGAAGGCCUGAAAGAGAGGGUGAAGAACUUUGUCUCUCAUAUUGGUGAUUACGGGAGUGAUCCCAGGGUUGGUCCGAGCUUACUCCUGUGUGCGUGCAUAUCGUUUGGGACUAUUUGGCUUCAAAGCACUCGAACAAAUCAGCCUAGUGCACAGAAUGAAUCAGCAGCAGCAAGCAGAAAAGAUAGAAGGCAACGGCCGAGGGCGAGUAGAUCAAACCAUGAUAGGCCCGAAUCCAUCACCGAUGCAGAACCCAAAGAUGCAUAUAACAUGCUAUCAACGAACUCCGACUCGGAAUAGCUGGUGCUACUAUAUCAAUAGCAGCUUCAGCACUAACUUAUUGGUGCAUAACUUCAAAACCAUUGGUUGAAUGUGAAGUAAAACCUGGUGCCUAAAAACUAAGUAAUGAGCUUAUCUUCUUCUUUCUUCCUUUUUCUUUUCAUUUUUGUUUCAGAGAGGAACCCAGGGUUCUCCCAAGUGUUGAAACUAUAUUGUUAUAAGCUAGUAAUAUAAUUGUAGUUAGUUUUUCUAUCUUCUCGAUAUCCAGUGAUGUUCUAGCUGUACAUUAAUGAGGAAAAUGUCAUAACAGCUAUUAGCUGCAGAUUCGCUCUCGCAGAUCUAUGAAUCAUGCGUUAACUCA